AUGUCGGCCUCCUCCGGUGCGUUGAAAAAAGCAUUCCCUCACGUCGAUGCUGAGGGUCACAACUUGCCCCCUUCGCCCGCUCCGUCGAGUCCCCAUGGCAGCAGACGCUACAACAUCGCUACCGAGCUUGUUUACACCGAAAGCAAUGACCAGUACAAUGCCAGCAGUGUCCCGAUCUAUCAGAGCGCAACAUUCAAGCAGUCAUCCCACGAGGGAGGCGGCGAGUAUGACUACACUCGAUCCGGCAAUCCGACCCGUACACACCUCGAACGACACCUAGCUAAGAUCAUGUCGGCGCAGCGCGCCCUCGUCGUAUCCUCCGGCAUGGCGGCUCUCGAUGUCAUCACCCGUCUUCUCCGACCCGGCGAUGAGGUUGUCACCGGUGACGACCUGUACGGCGGAACCAACCGUCUCCUCAAAUACCUCUCCACCAACGGUGGCAUCAUUGUCCACCACGUUGACACGACAAACCCCGACAAGGUGAAGGAAGUCUUGACCGACAAGACCGCCAUGGUACUACUGGAGACCCCUACGAACCCCCUUAUCAAGAUUGUCGAUAUCCCUACGAUCGCCACGGCGUCGCACGAGGCGAACCCUAACUGCCUGGUCAUUGUGGAUAACACCAUGAUGUCUCCGCUUCUGCUCAGCCCGCUCGAACUGGGCGCCGAUGUCGUUUAUGAGAGCGGAACAAAGUACUUAUCCGGCCACCACGAUGUCAUGGCCGGUGUCAUCGCCGUCAACGACCCUGCCCUCGGCGAGAGGCUCUACUUCCCCAUCAAUGCCUCCGGAUGCGGGCUGUCGCCGUUCGACUCAUGGCUGCUUAUGCGCGGAGUCAAGACACUCAAGGUCCGCAUGGACCAGCAGCAGGCAAACGCGCAGCGCAUUGCAGAGUUCUUGGAGAACCACGGUUUCAAGGUCCGAUACCCCGGGCUACGAUCGCACCCUCAGUACGAGCUACACAACUCCAUGUCCCGAGGAGCUGGAGCCGUGCUCUCGUUUGAGACGGGUGAUGUUGGCGUCAGUGAGCGCAUUGUCGCGAACGCAAAGCUGUGGGCUAUCAGUGUUAGCUUUGGCUGCGUGAACAGCUUGAUCAGUUUGCCAUGCCGCAUGAGCCACGCCAGUAUCGAUGCGAAGACGCGAAAGGAGCGUGCGAUGCCCGAGGAUCUGAUCCGGCUGUGUGUUGGUAUUGAGGAUGUAGACGACCUCAUUGAUGACUUGCAACGAGCGCUGGUGCAAGCUGGCGCGGUUAACGUCACUCUGGACGGAAUUGAGGCGAACACGCCGCAGACGUCGGCGUAG